ACGAAAUGCAUUCUGGGAUAUAUAGCUGUCCCAAGUCUACACCGAUGCAUGCUCGAUAAAAUGGGCGGAUCGAGAACACAUCCGGGACUUUUUCGCGUUCUCGGCGUGAUGCGUACUUCGAAUUGGAACAGUACUUGGUCUCCGACUGAUGACGUAUCACGAGUACACGAGAACGCAAGUACGCACAAGUACGCAUAUUGAUAAACGCCCCCUGAAUUGGGACACAGCCGUUAUGCAGCUGAGUCACGUGACCGGGGGCGGAGCAAGGUGUGCGUGUGUGCAGUAGAUGAGGCGAGCACAGAGAGAGCUGCUUUUCAUAAAACGGGAGUAAAGUAGUAAACCAACGUUUGGAUCGAUAUCUGCAUCGAUCUGCACACCCUUGUCUCCUGGAUCGUAGGUGAGAUCAGCGUGAACCACGGUGGUCUCUGCUCCCUGAUCUGUUUCCUGUGUUUAGAAAGACUUCUAGCUUCAUCACGGAGUUUCUCUCGGUUUGUGGGCUCAUCUAAAGCCAGACACUUUUCAACUUAAAUAACCCGGUUAACGACAUCCAAGAUGGGCUGCGGGAAACGCUACGUGAACUCGGCUUGCUCCGCUAACCAGGCCUCGAAGCCUCGGCGUUGCCUGAUGCCGGCGGCCGGAGGAGGGGACAUCGGAAGCGGAAGCGCGGCAAGCGGGCGGGAGUCUGUGCUAGGCUAAAAACAAACCCUAGCCGGCCGGUGUUGUGCCAAAAAGUGGUUGCCUGCGAAAAACUGAUUUCCAGUGUUUCUGUGCAUUUUUAUGUGUAAUAUCUUUACGUAUGUUCGUAAACACACUUGGGUGAACAGGGUUUACAAAGGGGUUAUAUAUAGAAUUAAAAAAAUAUCUGUUUUUCAAGUAUCUUUACAACUCUGUGUUAUUGUACUUACAUUAUAACCAAUCCGGUCCUUUAUCCCCUCUUAAAAUAUUUUUACAGAACUAUUGUGAUAUUUGCUGCCAUUUCUACUGUCCUCUUGGCCAGCUUACUCUUACAAAAGACAUUUUUAAUGUUAAUGAGAUUUUUUUUAACUGCAUAAAUAAAGGUUACGUAAAAGUCACUGCCAAUAACUGAUUGCGGCUUCUACCUUGUUGCACGAAUGUUGUUUGUGGCUCAAGAUGACUUUAUGUCAUCCAUAAGGGAUGCAUUUGACAUACGUUUCACAUAUUAUAGGCCAACAAGUUACUUAUAGCAGUUUAAAUACGAGCAAUCACUUUUUGGCAAAUACCGGAAAUCAGUUUUUGGCAGACAAUCACUUUUUGGCACAACUCCGGCUCUCCCAUUUAUCAUCUUAUCCAAUGUCUGCUCCCUGGAUAAUAAACUGGAUUACAUCCGACUCCAGCAGGCUACACAGCCUGAGGUUAGAGACUGCUGUGUCUUUGUUUUCACGGAGACAUGGCUCAGUGACAGAGUACCGGACGACGCUAUUCAGCUAAACGGCCUGGCCUCGUUUUGUGCAGACAGAAAUGCAGCUCUGUGCGGUAAGACUCGCAGUGGCGGCUUGUGUGUCUACAUCAACGCGAAAUGGUGCAAGAACUCUGUGCUAGUUUCUAGUUAUUGCUCAUCGCCGGUGGAGUUUGUGACUGUUAGAUGCAGACCUUUUCAUUUACCACGGGAAUUCACCACUGUUUUCAUUAUCGGAGUGUACAUUCCACAGAGCGCUAAUGCUAAGGAAGCGCUAAGGGAACUGUAUACAAAGAUCAGUGAACUGCAAAACACACACCUGGAUGGACUGUUUAUUGUUGCUGGAGAUUUCAACCAUGCAAAUCUCAAGUCAGUGCUUCCUAGAUUCCAUCAGUAUGUGGACUUUGCAACGAGAGGGGAAAACACACUGGAUCUUGUUUACACAAACAUCCCCGGCGCAGAUCGGGCAGAGCCCCGCCCCCACCUUGGCUACUCAGACCACAUCUCUGUUAUGCUAAUUCCAGCAUACAGACCACUCGUCAGGCGAUCAAAACCGGUUCUGAAGCAGGUGAAAACCUGGCCAGCAGGAGCCAUCUCUGCUCUUCAGGACUGUUUCGAGAGCACUGACUGGAACGUGUUUAGGGAGGCUGCAACUUACGGCGACUUCACUGACUUGGAGGAGUACACGUCAUCAGUGUCCAGCUACAUCAACAAGUGCACCGAUGACGUCACUGUCUCCAAGACCAUCAUCUCACGACCCAACCAGAAACCGUGGAUUACUGCGGAAGUGCGUGCACUUCUGAGGACCCGAGACUCUGCCUUCAAAGCGGUAGAUAAGGUGGAGCUUAUAAGAGCUAGGACCGAACUUUCUCGGGUCAUCAGAGAGGCGAAGCGCGCACACGCCCAGAGAAUCCACAACCACUUCAAGGACAGCGGCGACACACGGCGCAUGUGGCAGGGCUUACUAACUACAGGACGACAUCACCUGCCUGUGAUGGUGACGGCUCCCUCCCAGAUGCGCUGAACAAGUUCUACGCUCAGUUCGAGAGGCAGAACAACGUGGCGGCGAGGAAGUCCACCCCUUCUCCGAACGACCAGCUGAGUAACAGGAGGAGAAGAGUCUGGUGGAGCAGCAGAGGAACAAUUUCAGCCGUUUGGACUCAGCUCAGUCACUACAGAGGAAACCAUGACUUCAACACAAAAGGACCAACAUGGAGCGAGAAGUCAGCGCUCUCAGGAGGCCGACAAACGUCACAGAAGAAAGGGAGAGAAAACCUACAACUGUGAGGAGUGUGGAAAGUCUUUUGUCCAGGCUGGAGACUUAAAAAAACACCAACUCAUCCACAGUGGAGUUAAAGCAUACAGCUGUGACUUGUGUGGAAAGUCUUUUACCCUGCCUCAAACCUUAAAAACACACCAACUCAUCCACAGUGGAGUUAAACCUUACAGCUGUGACUUGUGUGGCAAGUCUUUUACCCAAGCUGGAGACUUAAAAAAACACCAACUCAUCCACAGUGGAGUUAAAGCAUACAGCUGUGACUUGUGUGGAAAGUUUUUUACCCGGGCUGAAAACUUAAAAACACACCGACUCAUCCACAGUGGAGUUAAGCGUUACAGUUGUGACUUGUGUGGAAAGUCUUUUACCCAGGCUGGCGGCUUAAAAACUCACCUACUCAUCCACAGUGGAGUUAAACCUUACAGCUGUGACUUGUGUGGAAAGUCUUUUACCCAGGCUGGCGCCUUAAAAACACACCAACUCAUCCACGGUGGAUUUAAAUCUUACAGCUGUGACUUGUGUGGAAAGUCUUUUGCCUGGGCUGGAGACUUAAAAAGACACCAACUCAUCCACAGACGAGUUAAACUGUACAGCUGUGACUUGUGUGGAAAGUCUUUUACCCGGGCUGGCGGCUUAAAAACACACCAACUCAUCCACAGUGGAGUUAAAGCUUACAGCUGUGACUUGUGUGGAAAGUCUUUUACCCGGGCUGGAGACUUAAAAACACACCAACUCAUCCACAGUGGAGUUAAAGCUUACAGCUGUGACUUGUGUGGAAAGUCUUUUACCCGGGCUGGAGACUUAAAAACACACCAACUCAUCCACAGUGGAAUUAAAGCUUACAGCUGUGACUUGUGUGGAAAGUCUUUUACCCAGGCUGGAGGCUUAAAAACUCACCAGCUCAUUCACAGUGGAAUUAAACCUUACAGCUGUGACUUGUGUGGAAAGUCCUUUACCCAGGCUGGAGCCUUAAAAACACACCAACUCAUCCACAGUGGAUUUAAACCUUACAGCUGUGACUUGUGUGGAAAGUCUUUUGCCUGGGUUGGAGACUUAAAAAGACACCAAUUCAUCCACAGUGGAGUUAAACCUUACAGCUGUGACUUGUGUGGAAAGUCUUUUACCCAGGCUGGAGACUUAAAAAAACACCAUCUCAUCCACAGUGGAUUUAAACCUUACAACUGUGACUUGUGUGGAAAGUCUUUUUCCCAGGCUGGAGACUUAAAAACACACCAACUCAUCCACAGUGGAAUUACACCUUACAGCUGUGACUUGUGUGGAAAGUCUUUUAAGCGGGCUCACAGCUUAAAAAAUCACAAACUCAUCCACAGUGGAGUUAAAGCAUACAGCUGUGACUUGUGUGGGAAGUCUUUUAAGCGGGCUCAAAACUUAAAAAGACACCAACUCAUCCACAGUGGAGUUAAACCUUACAGCUGUGACUCAUGUGGAAAGUCUUUUUCCCAGGCUGGAGCCUUAAAAACACACCAACUCAUCCACAGUGGAGUUAAACCUUACAGCUGUGACUUGUGUGGAAAGUCUUUUAAGCGGGCUCAAACCUUAGAAACACACCGACUCAUCCACAGUGGAUUUAAACCUUACAGCUGUGAGUUGUGUGGUAAAGCCUUUGCUCAAAGUACCAACUUACAGAGGCAUCUAUUUACCCACUCUGGAAUUAAGGUGUACAGCUGCGACUUUUGUGGAAAAACUUUCAGUGAAAAAAAGUACCGAAAUAUUCACCUACGGACUCACACUGGAAAUAAUGUUUCCUGCUGUGAUCAGUGUGGGAAACCGUUUACAACAGAUGUACAGCUACGACAACACAUGUUUAGCCACACUGAGGAGACACCUUAUAAAUGUGACCUGUGUGAGAAGACUUUUAAAGCUCCACAUCAGCUGAAAAAACACCAACAGAUCCACACCAGAAAGUAACUCUACUAGUGCAGUUACUGUGAGGAUGUAUUGAUUUUAACCUGAUUGUUUGGAACAAGUCUGAUCAGUAAACUUGUGGAAUUAUACUGAAUGAACUGUUUGGAAAAAUGAAGAGUCAUCUUUGUCCGGUAAGCUGAGUGUUAUAAUGUAAACAGUAAAAUUUAAUUGGACGUUAGCAGAGAUGCUUCUUAUUUAAGGCGACGUUCAGGAUAAAAACGUUGAAGGAAUUCCAUUACUUACACUGUCUUUGUUUAGAAGUGGAGCAAAGCACAUGGAUCCAGUUCUCAACCCUGUUGUCACUGUGGUGGUGAGAAAGCGUUUUUCUGUGACCUUUGUGGAAAAACUUCCAAUCAUCAAUGGGACCUAAAAACACAUCAACGUAGACUAGUGGUGCAACGGAUCAAAAAUUUCACGGUUCUGAUCGGAUCACGGUUUUAAAGUCACGGUUCGGAUCAAUUUUCGGAUCAGCAAAAAUAGAAAAAAAAGACAAAAAUUCUACUCGCCGUUUACUUAUUUAAGUAUUUUUUUCCUAUUAAAAACAUUCAACUGAAGACUGGUUCCACGCACUUACAAAAAAACAAAUUAAGGUGCAAUAUGGACAUUAUGGGCCAUGCUGGGCAUCCUCUGCACACGGCCAUAAACAACCAGAGGAGUCUGGUGACAGGUUACUUCUCCCAAAGUCAAGGACCAGCAGACUUAAAAAGUCCUUUGCCCCACACGCCAUCAAACUGUUUAACUCCUCGCUGGAGGGGAAACGGGGACAGAGGAGGGGGAACAAGUAGCUGUAGUGCCUUUUCACUGUGCAAUAGUUUUUGUUAAUAUCUAACGGUGUAGUAGACCCACAAUACUUGAAGUGUGCCUUUCCCUUGUAUUCUUAUUCCUAUUUAUUCUAUUUAUCCCUUUUGUAUUCUCUGUAUUUAUAAAUUUGUAUAUUUGGCAUAUUUCUGCUCACUUUCUGUAACUUGUGUCGGUGCUGUGCUACUGGAAACUGAAUUUCAGUUUGAACCCACCCGAAGGAUAAAUAAAGUUUCAUCUAAUCUAAUGUAAUCUAUAGGGCAGUGCAGGGCUUUGUAUCUACCUCUCCCCUGUGAUAUGACGAGCGGUCACGGUCACGUGGCUUUCCGUAGCGCUGGAGCUCCACCCAUUUGUAGUUAGAGCAACAGAAGAUGCCUGGGACAGUUCAGCCAUAACUUUAAACUUCUCCUGCUCAUACAUGCUUGGAAUGAUCUUGUCACUGAAGUGGACGCGCAACGAGAGAUCAUAGCGUGGCUCAACCACGUUCAUCACAGUUUAAACCCCUUGUUUUGCACAACAGACGACGGCCUCCCGUCUGCAGCUAAACAACCCAUUAGCUUUUGUAAUAGCUUUAGCCCGGUCGGACUGGGCAGUAAAGGGCUGCUUAAAUGCCGCAAACUCCUCUGUUCUGCUGCUUGGACCGCUAGCGUUGACCAUAACUACCGCUUGACAGACUGACCGCGCGCACUAUACGCAUACUUUUUUUUUCUUUUUCGAAUCUUCGAAUCACGUGCGUACCGAACCGUGGAGUGGGAUCGGUUUGGAUUUCGGAUCAACCGAGAUCCGUUGCACCACUAACGUAGACACACUGGAGUCAAAAUGAACUACUGUAAACAAUGUGUGAGAGGCUCCCACACCCCAAGUACAUUAAAAUACAUGACCUCUUCCACAGUGGGGUCAAAAACCACAUCUGUGACCAGUGUGGGUCAUCCUUCACCACUGCACAUGAGCUUAAUGAAAAAGCAUAAGCGAAUCCAAACAGAAGAGACACCAUACAAGUGCAGACACUGUGACAAAAGCUUCUAAGAAUCAGGUCAUCAUAACAAACAUGAACGUACACACAUGGAAGUGAACUUCAGCUGUGACCAGUGUGACAAGAGCUUCAGGAAUCUCAGUUCAUACUCCGAACACAAACGAUCCCACACUGUAAAUAAACUGUUUCACUGUUACCAAUGUGCAAAAACAUUCACUUCAUUAUCUGCUCUGUGCAAACAUCAGCCUGAUCAUGCAGGACUGAAAUCACUGGAUCACAAUGAAUCUGAAGAGAGAGAAAGAUCCUCUUCUGGUUUCAGGGUCGGACUUAAAAACCUUGAGAUCAGGCUCCACAGAGUUCAGAUGGAACCUCCUGUAAAGAGUGUCAGCUGAUGUCACACUUGGAUCUGAUGAGGUAGCUCUGAUUUCUGGACCUGCAGUGAAUAACCCUGAAUGUUACAUUCAGGAAGCUGCAUGUAUAGAUAUGCAUAUCAAGUUAAUUUUUUUUCGUUUGAGGGAAUUUAAUUUUCUAAAAUGUUAUCCCUGUUACAUUUUAUUCUUUGUUCCCUUAGGACACAGUAGUGUUUAGUAGUUGUACUUGUUACUGUAUUAUUAAAGCUAUAGAAAUAUCUUUUUUACCAAACUGAUAUUGUAUCAAAAUUACAGAUAUGGAUAUAUAUCAAUGUUGGGUCUGUGUUUCCACAUGCCCCGCUAGUUUAGAGACUUAUUCCUCAUGAAGAACGCAAAACAUAGGAGAUCAUCUUCAAGAACCAGCUCUUGAAGCCUAAAUCCUUCAAAGAGCAGCUGUCCUCAUAGCCUUUUUAUGGACAUGACAGUUACAGUUUACACAAUACAACACAAGCACCUCCCACCAUAAAACCCCCCAAUGGUUCUAAGACAAGGCACUAUUAGUGUGUAUGUGUAAGCACCCAUAUGCAUGUGCAAGAACGUGUGUGUGUGUGUCUGAGUGAGUGUGUGAGAAUGUGUGUGUGUGUGUCUGAGUGAGUGUGUAAGAAUUUGUGUCUCUCUUUGUGCGUGAUUUCCAACUAUUUCUAACAACAUCCUUAGUAGGGCUGCACGAUUAAUCGUUAGAAAAUCGCGAUCUCGAUUCAUACUUAUGUGCAAUCUCAUUUCCAAAUGACAACGAUUUAAAAAAAAAAAAAAAAGACGACGACGAUUGUACCGCAUUUUGAUCCGGGACGUAAUCUGCAUGAAAACAAGCGUUCACUCUUCCUGCUCAACAAAUGACAAGGGCGGAGCCUUAUACCACGUGAUACAGAAGCUGUGCCGUGAUGCUCAAAUUGGCAGGGAAAAACAACGGAGAACACGUCAGGGAUGACGAGAAAGUGACAGGAGAAAAUUCGUGGAGAAAACCACCCAAACAUCAAUAACAGGAACCUUAUACAGUGCUUCCCUAUACACGUCGAACUCUCGCAGGCACAAAGAAAUUACGGAGGCUAUUACUUAUCACCUGAUCAAAGAUAUAUCAACACUGCAAAAUGAGGGAUUUAGGAAAAUGAUCAACACCCUAGACAAACGCUACACAGUGCCGUCCCGCAACUAUUUUUCUAUUGUUGCACUACCUGCUCUAUGCUCCUGACUACCAGGAAAAAAAAUGUUGUCCAAUCAAAAAAAUGUUUAAAUCCCCCAAUGUUUGUAAGGUAAUCAGAAGACUGAAAUAAUUUUUUGGGAAAAAAAAGUUUACAUUUUUUAGAUAUUACAUGUCCACUGCAGAGGACAUUGAAAGGCCAUACAUGUAAAAAUUAACUUUGAUGGCAAAACAUUUGCUUCAACUCUUCACCAAGGAGAAGUUUGAAUUCAAGGAACUGUAGUGGUUUCUUCCCCCAAAAACUGCAAACCACUGCUAUACUGAAGCCACGAGUUGGUGAUUGCCAGAUCAAAAAGUAGAGAACUGCACAUACUGUCAAUUUCUGAGUGCGAGAGACCAUCCUGUAGAAACUCAACAUUCAAAAGGACUCGUUUUCUGGUCAUUUAAAAAAACAACAAAAUGGAGGAAAUGACUACAAAUGUCCACUAAGGAGGCCAUUUUUUAAACACUUCAAUACUAUACUAAAAUGAAGUUAGAAUUAAGCAUACUAUGUUUUAAUGUGUUAUUAAGAGACUUAUUUAAAAUAUGUUAACAACAUUUAUAGCCAAAAAUUGCUCAAUAAAAAGUUUUAUGCACUUUAAUUCUUUCCAUAAAAUGUGCUUGCAGUGAUGGCUGCCAUGUUCCUUAAUGAAAAAACUAAAGUUCCCAAAGCUCCACCCCUUCACAUUUGGUAUCAUUGGAAAGCUCUAAAUGUCCUCUGUAGAUACCAAAAGGAGGCAAUUCUAUAGUAUGCAGUGCAUGGGAGAUAUUCAGGUUUAGAAAGGUGCUCUACAGAGGACAAAUUUGUAUUGCUGGUAGUCAGGAGGCUAUACACGCAGUGUCGAGCAACGGUGGAGACGGAAUUUCAAGCAGUACAACAUUUUGCGGCAACCACAAAAUGUGAGGCAUUUAUUGUUUUUAUGUUUAUUUAUUGUUUUUAUGUUCAGUUUCAACUGUUACGAAGUUGAUGUGCAGUUAAUAAGUGCAAUAAAUAUUUAUAUUGGAAAAGAAAAUCGUGAGAGAAUCGUGAUCUCAAUUCUAAGCAAAAAAAUCGUGAUUCUCAUUUUAUGCAAAAUCGUGCAACCCUAAUCCUUAGUCAUAAAAUGGAAAUCUCUCCCAAACCCAAUAUAUGGUUCAAUUCCUGUAUUGGUUCACCAUGCACAACACAGUGAAGCCAUACAAAGGGCAGGAAGCUUACCAAACAACAAACAGAAUCUUCACAAGGGAUGUGUCUACAAUAAACCCUCCCCAGCACAGAGUAGCUGGAGAGGCGGUCAGAGACAAAGGAAUGUCUUGAUCCUAUAGAUUGAACUAAGACUCUCAAAUUUAAGAACCACAAUGACAACAUUCAACAAUUACACUUCAGUCAAUUUCUUUCAUUUGAAAAUUAACUUCUGUUUUUUAAAGUAUUCAUUUUAAAGAAGUGUUAAAAGUUAAAAGAGCAGCACACAUCAAGACCAUUUUAAAGAUCACAGGUGACUACUUUUAGUUGUUUCAAAUUCUAUUAAACCUCUAUUUUUGGCUCCUCCUUUUACUUUAGUGUAUUUACUGUAUUUACUUUUAAUGAAUUCAUUUUGAUCCACAUGUUCUGCAGCUGUUUUCUUGUUACUUUGAAGUUUGCAUUAUGAAGAUCCUGAUAAUGUUAAAGCGUUACUUAUAUUUCAUGAACUCUGUGUAAAGUUUGUCUUAUUAAACAGUUUGGUGUGAAAAAUAAAGAAAUGGUCUCACAACAAGUAGUUUGAGCCAUGAUUUCAGAUUCUAAGUAAUUUAACAGUUUUCAGUGGUACAUGUGGAGGUUUAUCAGAGGAGGAUACUUGGCUGUGCUCCACUCACACUGAACAGGGUUCCUGCAGCUCGUAAAAAACUCUGAAAUGAUCUUCAAGGACAAAAAUAUUCGAUUUUUCUCAAAAAUGUGCUGUGGUGGUGGUGAUGUUCCUGCAUUGCAACAGUGGUUUUAAGAUGUGUUCUCCCCCCCUGCUCGUCUGCACGACUCUCACGGAGCACCACUUUGAAACGCAGCCUGUCUGGCUGUUGAGAGGGGCGGGUUGUCUUUAAAGUGCUUCCAGGUAAUUAAGAAGUGAGCGCAGGGUUUUAUACGGUUCUGUGGUGAUUGUCACAAAGUGAACAAGGUCUCACGGUUUGAUGCUUAUCCCAUGCCCCGUGUUGACCCGGACUGUAUAAGCACUGGUUGCUUUUUUAUUAUGCUACAUUUAACCAACGCCCACUGGCAGAUUCCCUUGUGUGCAGAGUCCACAGACAAAAAUGUCCUUCUCUACUCUGUAUGGUUCGUAUCAAUUCGUCACACUUCUGUUUGCCUUGGUUGAAGCCCGACCAUUUUCCAGCACCUCGUGGAGCACUAGCUCACUCUGCAUAUGCUGUUCCUUACCUGGAUGGUGUUGUCAUUCAUAGUGAUACCUCGGUGGAUCAUGUGCAGUGGUUGGUCACAGUCCCGGAGUCCAUGAGGCAGGCAGGGCUGAUGGCAAACCCAAAGAAGUGUGUGGUUGGAUGCUUUUUGGGUUUUUUUCCUCUCACCCUCUCUCUCGCACUUUUUUUCGUUUCACUCCGCAUGCAAGCCUUGUGCUUUGCACUGGGAAGAGGGGGAGGGGCGGUAGUUAAACUCACAGUAGCACAGGAACAGAGCGGGAGGGAGAGAGAGAAAGAGAACCAGGGACAACAACAUCACAUUAAAAAGGUAUGGUAAUCAUCCACAACUAUUUUCAGUUGCAGAUGAUAAAGGAUUCAGAAAGUUUAUUCAUGCAGGCCCAUAUGACAGAGAAUGUGCAUCUUCUUUUUGUUUUC